CGCCGCCGCCGCCGCAGGAGGCGGAGCGCCGCACCUGGCGGCGGGUCCUCGGCGCUCAGCCCUGAAACGGGUCCAGCCGGUAGCGAGCGGCGGAGGCCGGGCCAGAGGAGGAGGAGGAGAGAAGGUCGCGCCGGCCGGUGUGCUCGGCUCGCCGCUCCCGGUGCCCCCACCGGCCCGCAUCCCUCCGCCGCGCCCCGCCCCGCCGCAGCCCCCGAGGAACCAGUGAACCGCCCGAGAUGUUCAGCGCCGUCGCGAGAGCCGCCGCCCCGGCGCCCGGAGCCGCCGCCCCGCGCCCGGGGGAGAUGGCUCCCCGCGCCCCGCGCAGCUGAGCUCCCGCCGCCGCCGCCCGCCCGCCCGCCGCAGAUCAACAACCAAAAUUUUGAAGGUCAUCAACUUUCUGAUGGUGGUGAUAAGCCAUGGCGACAGAUGAUAAAGUUGCCAUCUUAACCGAUGAUGAAGAGGAACAGAAGAGAAAAUAUGUGCUUGCCGAUCCUUUUAAUGGUAUUUCCAGGGAACCAGAACCACCUUCAAAUGAAACACCUUCCCCCUCUGAAACAGCUGCUAUUCCUGAGGAGGAAAUAGACUGGAUAGAGAAACAUUGCGUUAAAAUAAACAAUGAUCUUCUAAUUUCCAAGGUCUUUUAUUUUUUCUUUUACUCUGCAUAUGGCUCUCUUUACCCCCUUUUGCCUGUGUAUUAUAAGCAGCUGGGAAUGUCACCAAGCCAGAGUGGGCUGCUGGUAGGUAUUCGAUACUUCAUUGAAUUCUGCAGUGCCCCCUUUUGGGGUGUAGUUGCAGAUCGCUUUAAAAAAGGCAAAAUUGUCCUCCUCUUUUCCCUUUUGUGUUGGGUUUUAUUCAACCUGGGCAUCGGAUUUGUCAAACCUGCUACCUUGCGGUGUGUACCAAAGAUUCCUCCAAGAGCUCAUCCCACCAGUUCAAGCCACCUGUUCACUCUCCUGCCAACGAAUUCCUCCACUGUCUCUUCCAUUACCACAUCACCAGGAAUUCGUGAGAAAAGGAACCUGCCUCCUUACAAUGGGUCAGAGAUGUUAGAAGCAGGGCACAGUGUCAUGGAAACUGUCAUCUUCUCGACAGCUCCAAACAAGACCAGUGUGCCCACUCUGCAGCCUCAGACUGAUGAAAUUACUGACCAUGUUAUGAACUUGACCAUGAACCCAAGCACUGCAACCUCUGCCCCCCCAGGAAAUGCAACCUGGGAGACAACCACUUCUAUUGUCACUACCACCAAAUCUUUACCUUCUGACCAAGUCACUCUUGUUUAUGAUCAACAAGAAGUAGAAGCUAUAUUCUUGGUGAUCUUGGUAGUUGUCAUAAUAGGAGAAUUUUUCAGUGCCUCCUCUGUCACGAUUGUGGACACGGUAACCCUCCAGUAUCUGGGAAAGCACAGAGACCGCUAUGGACUGCAACGCAUGUGGGGCUCCCUGGGCUGGGGCCUGGCGAUGCUGUCCGUGGGCAUUGGCAUUGACUACACCCAUGUGGGCGUGCUCAUCAAUGGGAAGGGGUGUAAGCCCCCUGAAUACCGGAACUACCAGAUUGUCUUCAUCGUCUUUGGGGUCCUCAUGACCAUGGCCUUGAUCGUUGCUACUCAGUUCCGGUUCCGCUACAACCACUUCAAAAACAGUGAAAAUAAAGGGAAAGAGGUGGAGAUCCCGCAAGUAGAGAGGAACAGCUCCACAGAAUCCUCUGAGGAGACACCAACCGCCGCCAGCCACUCGCAGGCCAUCAACUUCUGGGACUUAAUCAGGCUGCUUUGCAGUGUGCAGUACGGCUCCGUGUUGUUCGUGGCUUGGUUUAUGGGUUUCGGAUACGGCUUCGUGUUCACCUUUCUCUACUGGCAUUUGGAGGACCUGAAUGGAACGACAACUCUCUUCGGGGUCUGUUCAGUCCUGAGCCAUGUGUCCGAGCUGACAGCUUAUUUUUUCAGUCACAAGCUUAUUGAAUUGAUUGGCCACAUCAGGGUUCUGUACAUUGGCCUGGCCUGCAAUACGGCUCGCUAUAUUUAUAUUUCCUACCUGGAAAAUGCCUGGACUGUUCUCCCCAUGGAAGUUCUUCAAGGAGUGACACACGCGGCCAUCUGGGCAGCCUGCAUUUCUUAUCUCAGCGCCGCGGUUCCCCCAGAGCUGAGGACGUCUGCUCAGGGCAUCCUGCAGGGCCUUCAUCUGGGUUUGGGGAGAGGUUGUGGAGCCAUGAUCGGAGGCGUGUUAGUCAAUUAUUUUGGGGCUGCUGCAACCUUCCGAGGAAUCGGCAUGGCCUGCCUGGUGAUCCUCCUGCUCUUUGCCCUGAUCCAGUGGCUGGCAGUGCCAGAUGAGGAAGAAGACAAGACGAUGCUGGCAGAAAGGAUUCCUGUUCCUUCUAGUCCCGUUCCCAUAGCAACCAUCGACUUGGUCCAGCAACAGACAGAAGAUGUUCUGCCACGCGUUGAGCCCAGACUUCCACCCAAGAAAACCAAGCACCAGGAAGAACAGGAGGAUGUGAACAAGCCAGCCUGGGGGGUCAGCUCCUCUCCCUGGGUGACCUUUGUUUACGCGCUCUACCAAAUUAAAGAGAUGAUGCAGCUAACAAGAGACAACCGUGCUUCUGAGAUACAGCCUUUACAGUUGCACGUAGGAAAGGAGAUGAAAGGUAAGACAUUCUAUCCUUAUUCCUCUGUUACUUGUUUCCUGAAGUGGUUAUACUUCAGGAUGAUCUCCCCAUGUUUCCUAUAUCUUACUGGAAAGCAUAUAAAAAGUUUGCUAGCAUUGACCAUGGGGCACCUCCUAUUUUUUCCUUCCAGGGGACCAGUGAGGAUCGGGAAGCUUCUCCAGCUGGUGGAGCCCGGCCUGGGCCGUGUGAGCCUCCCUCUGACCCAUCGAGAAACCAGCCGUCCCCUCAAGCAGCAGCAUCUCAGACGCAGAGCAGCCCCGCUCACCCCAGUGGAGACCCGCGCAGGGAGGAGGCUGAGGACCAGCAGGCUCGGCCUGCCUCUGGGGGACACUGAGGGCUCCUGCUCGUCUCACACCCUGCAUGGAACUGGGCUCCUCUGCCAGCACAGAGGGCGCACCUCGAGGAGCAUAGCACCACGUACGCUGCUGAACACCUGAACUCAUCAACGCAGAAAUACACACACACACUCACACAUGUAGAAGCUACAGUACACAUUGGCAGAAAUAGGUCAACUUCCGUAGUCCCACUGGAGUCACAGAAGGAAAAUGGAUCUCGGUGAGGACGUUCAGUUCUUGGAUUGGUAGGUUAAGGGCUACAGGCCUUCUCUGCCAGGGCAGUAAGCGUCGAAACCAGCAGUUACACUAAAUGUGUGGAGGGAAAGAAAAGUGUUUCAAGGUGAAUGCUGAUAUAAUUUCCCUCUUCUGAUUAUUUAUCCUAAUUAUUUGGUUCUUAAUGCAAACUGGGAAGAUACAGAAUACAUCUAUAAUUUUGUUUCUCUUAAAGAGAACAAUUAAAAAAAAAUUUAAGACGUAUUUUAAAAGUAACCAGAUAAAAGUUAGUGGCAUCUAUGCUUUUGUUUAAAAAAAAAAAAAAAAAAGGAAAAAGUUUCAUCAGAAACUUGGCGUAUCUCUAGCAAAUGUAUUUUUAUAUGGGUAUGGUGUAUAAUGAAAAUAGUCAAUUCUCUGAGUGGCAAAAGCUGUUACUGACUAUUGCAAGCUAAGCUGAGCUUUAAAAUGCCUUUUGUUUUAAAUGGGCUUUAAGACCAGAGGAGGGAAUAUUUGAAAUAAACCAACCAACUUAGUAUCCUGUGGCUUGAUAGACAAGGGUUUACUAAAUAUAUUGAUACUGUAAAUAGCCUCUAUCACUAUUUACAACUUUAUAGUGAUUUGGGCUCUAAUUAGCUGAUGGACUAAAACAAACACACAAAAUCACUGAAUUCCUAAGCGUUUCUUUAAUUAAGCAGUACUACUUACAAAUAACAUUAUAAGAUUUAAGUGCCUGGGGAAGGGAUACAAUUUUUAAAAAUUACAUACUGGUUCAGUUUUUUUGUUUUUGGUGAGGGGAAAAGGUGGUGAAUAGGAAACCAGGAAUAGAAAAGACAGAAAUAAGAAGUAAGUACACUUUCCAAUGACUAAAGAAACAAAUCUCAGUAUAUUCUUUCCCAUGAAGACACAGUCAGACACUGGACAGUUCAGAUACGGGCAUGCUACUGUAAAUAUUACAGCUACAGUCAGGACAAUGGCCGGGUGACUCAUGCAUAAAGCUUGCUGCUAAAAAUGAAAGCUGAGGUUAUAGGAAGCCUUGGGGGAGGGCUGUGGACAAGGGAACAUUGCUUUAGCUGAAGGAAGGUCAAUUAUAUAGUGUGUACAAUACUGUGGAUGAGCACAGGAGAGAGGAAAGAAAAGAACAGAGUUAAAAAAUGAGCAACUCACCUUACUCUCUGACUAUGAUUAGGCAGGACCAAUUAUAAAGUGAGGGCUUCUCCACGAUACCAUACUUCUGCCCACAACUGCAUCUGGAAGAAGAAAGUCUACACUUGGAUAUCUAGCUUCACCACAGAACACAGCUUAAAAACAAAAUAACGGGAAGAAAUAGAAUUAAGCAAAUAGUUAUUUUUGCACUUGAACUGAAAUGUACUGUACUGUAAAUUAUCAUGACUCAUUUUAAGUGACCUUUAAAAAUCAGAUGUAUUUAUUAUGCUUAUGUAAUUAUAGAAAUAAAGAAAUGGGUGACAAGCUGAACCUCACCUAUGAAUGUACAGUAUGUGGAUUUGUGAAACUGACUGUAGGAAGUCAAAAAACUUCUACUGUGUCUUGUGUUUACAGUUCUGAUUUAUUCCUCUGAAAAGCCUGCUGUUUUGGAAAUGCACAGUUGACAUGUUGAAAUAAAAAUAAAUACCAUUUUUAAGUAUUUCUUAAAUGAUAAUGAUGUGACCAAACAAAUAAAAGUCCUUCACUCUGUAAUGAAUGAGAUCAAACUCUACAGGCCUUUUGUUAUGAGACAUUUACUGUGAGAGGUGAUUAAACAGUGCAGUAAUUUCCAGCCUUUUAGAGCAGACACCUUCAUGGGUUUGUGGACUUUGUGACUUCCUCCUGUCCUCAAAGUGCCAUUUAAAAA